AGCACUUGGCAACGCUGCGUCGGCAGUGAUUGUCGGAAUCAAUUUUUUGGUGUUGACGACUAAACGUGUGGCUUUUAAUAUAAAAAUAAGAUAAAAAUUACUUUAAAAAUAGAGAGAAAAGUGACGAACGUAAUCGUGUACAAGGCUCUAGAAGAAAUUAUAACAAACGAAAUAAACGUCUACCAUGAAGUUUCGUGCUAUGAUGCAGGAUCCGGAAUACAUGAGAGAAUUUCUCUACAUCAUCCAAACACUAUCGAAAUUGGCGAAGACAUGCAUACUGAAAAUCUCUAUGGACAAAGUUUACUUUGUGGCGAACGAGGAGUCUGGCAGUACAGCGCCAUUGGUAUGGGUAGAAAUUGAUCCAAAAUUAUAUUUUUCUGAGUACACGAUGCAGGGCGUCGACGAUGAUCAGGAUUCGCAUAUUGUACUAAAUGUACCAACUUUACAUCUAGGAACUGCACUUUCUUUACUGCGAAAUAAUCCGUGCUAUUGUAAGUUGAAAUUGACUAAUCUUCAAUUUCCUUGUUUAACGGUCGAUGUGGAUGCGACCACCAAGAGUUCGGAUAAGUCGCGCCGCGCCACACACCAUGUACCAGUCGAUGUGGUUCCUCGUUGCGAUUGGUCAAAUUACGCAGUGCCGACAAAACCAAUUUGUAAGCUUGUCUUAAAUGUACCAUCUAACCGCUUGAUACGCGGCCUAAUAGACAAAAUAAAGAAUCUUUCACCAACUAUAAUUUUUUAUGCGACUACGAAUGGCGAAAUGAAUUUAGUGGCAGAAACCGAUAUGGCAACCAUAACAACACGUUAUCAGAAUUUAGAAUUGCGUUCGAUGAAUGCUAGUGAAGGCGACAAGAAAAAGGAACAAAUAGAGGCAUCAUGUUCGGUGGAUUGUAAGAAGACUGCUCUAUUUUUUUCAGCAUUACAAAUACCCUCAACAGAGUUGUCGUGUGGUAUAGUUGACGAUCGCCUCAUACACUUGGAAGUAAACAUACGAGAGGGCAUUGCUAUUCACUCCAUAUUACCAGCUGUUUGCGUAUGAAUAUCUCCUUUUGCUGAUAAAGGCAUAAGCAGUUAUUUGGAUAUAGUGAUUGGGACGGAAAAUAUAAUCAUAAGUUAAUCAAUAUACAUACAUCUGUUAUAUUAUACUAUGGUACGAGUAUAUUUAAGAAUAGCUCAUUGCAUCCCAAUGCUUUCUUUGGUGUUGCUUUUAUCAUUACAAUUAGAUGCAUUGUAUCUACGCCAAUUGAUUUUCUACAACUAUUAAACAAGCGGUAAACGAUAACGUUGAAGAUUUUACAUUACACAUAAAAUAUAAAUUGAAUUAUUGCUAUGCGAGCAUAAAACUUUGUAAAUAAUGAAAUUAUUUAAUGGUAAUUUGGCAAUUAUUUUGCAUUAGAAACUAAAAUACAACAACAAGAGAAGAAGAAAAUGUUGCAUAAGAAUAUAUAUUUAAUUUUUUGGCUAAUUAUAUACAUUAAUAUCGUCCGGUGGUCGAGUUUCGAUCUAUUGAAAUAAUAUUAGUUUAUAUUCUGGAGUAAUUUAAAGUAAUUGAAUCUUUAACUUAAUUUAUUUUUAUUUGUUCAUAUCUGUUGCCAUCAUCGGCAUUGAAUUGAACACAUAUUGUUAAAUGCAAAAGAUCUAAAUCGCUCAACACGCGACAAUAUAUACAUACGUUUGGCAUAUGUAUGUAGGUAAAGAAAAGUGGGAAACAAGAUGAAAUUUUUCAAUAUGUACACAUAGUAGAAAAAGUCUGCGUUCACCUAUGCAAAUAUUCUUUGCAUUAGAAAAAGUUUAAAACAAUAAAUAUUUCAGAAAAUUUU